CCCGCGUAUUUUAACUCCGUGGUGGGCUCUUCUUUCGAUCGUAAUGGUCCGCGCCGUCAGGUUCCGGAGGGCCGUUGUUCGACGGCGUCGUGGUUUCGUCCCGCUGUUUUGCCUGGUGUGUCGGGUCGGCCAGCACGUACGGAUCGGAUGACACUUUGGCUUCUGAUGAUUGGUCGUCCCGUCGGGGUGGUCGCUGUGUGCGGUCUUCGAGCUCUGGAUGCAUGCCGGAUCUUGUGCCACGAUCUGCGUCUCCUUCUUUGUCGUUGGGCUCUGCUCUUGGUGGGUCUUGUAGGCGGCGGAGGGAAGAGAUUCAGUUGGGCAAGCGACCUGUUGAUUCCACUAUUGGCGUCCCUUUCUGCGAGACGGGUCGGUCUGCGCAGCGUUCUACUUUUUCUACCGGUUAAUUGUUCGUCCGUUUCUGGUUCUGGUAUUUAUACUUGCUUCUCGCCCGUUCUUUUCUUCCGUGUAUGCACGCUGUGCACGUGGGGCCGAGCAGCUCUACAUAAAUUAAAUUACGUUGGUGUGCCCCAUGGUUUAGCGGGAGAGGCGCUGUGUUUUUGAUUGGCCAAGGGCGUUACGGCAUCUCCAGCCGUUGGCCUCUCAGGAGGGGCAAAAAAUCAUCCCCUAGGACGCAUCGGCGCUAAACCACGCACUGGGGGCGUGAUGCCUCAGUCGCGGCGCCCAUGGUUAGUCAAAAAAAUCAAAAACAGCGCAAACAUGAUUUAAAUUUAACGCAAACAUCGGUGAGGUCGUUCAAACUUAAACAUAUUUUUUUAAAAAAGAAAAAAAAACUACCGCGGGCUACCCCCUCCGUCUCCCUUGCCGCCCGCCCACGCGGUCCUACAUGCCGAGGAGGCUGUAGAACCGCGUGUAGUCACCGCCGCCGCCGUCGUCGUCAUCGUGGUCGCCGUCGCCGCCCCCGC